AUGCAACCAUUUCCUUGUGAUGAUUUGCCGCGUAGAAACUACAUCCGGAGAAAGAGAUGCCUAAAUGAGAGCAUUAAUAUUAUAGAAAAAACACUUCUUUGUCUUUCUUCAAUUCGAAAAGAUAAAAUUGACAAGAGCGAAUUAACAAAAUUUGCUAAAGCUCAUGCAAAUGAAGUAGAAGCAGCAUGUUGGACUCCUCGAAUGAAAAUGUCAGACGAAGAUUAUCAAAAUUUAAUGACAACUAAGACAAAAGAACUUUGCUUGGUACUCAUUAAGAAAUUAAUGCCUACUAUUGAUAUUCCGUUGAAAAAGAGUGAAAAUGCGUCACCUGCUUCCUCUCCUCCGGAAAAUAAAUUUGUCGUACCAAUUAUAUCUACAAAUCAGUUAAAGCAAGCAAGCCAACCACCGAAAGCGCCGCCAAUACCAAACAUUACCAUACCAAAACAACUCAAACCUCCUUCAUCAACUCUUGUAGAUCCAUUGGCUGAUUUUUACAUUCCUAUUACAGGAACAACGGAAUCCUAUAGUUACAUGCCAUCUUUCGAGCCUCCUCCUUCGUUAGAUGAAUGCAAUUUACUAUCCUUAGAUGAUUUUAAAGAUUCGCUCUCAUUUCCGAGCGAUUUUAAUUUCUCAUGUAAUAUGCCAUAUGAUGUUUAA